AUGCCAACUAUCUUAGAUACAGAUAUUGGUUCGGAUUAUGAUGAUCAAAUGGCAUUAACUUGUAUUUUAGCAAAUCCAACUAUAUUUGAUUUAAAACUUAUUGUUUGUUCAACAUUUAAUACUACAGCACGUGCUCAAAUCACUGCAAAAACUUUAGCAAUAUUUGGUCGUUUCGAUAUUCCAAUAGCUAUUGGUCAAAAUACUGGUACUCGUGAUAUAUUCGAAUAUGAAUGGGCACAAAAUUAUACACUUGAUCAAUUUCAAAAAGAUGGAGGAAUCAUAUAUGAAAAUGGUGAAGAUGCUUUAUUAAAUGAAAUGCAAAAAGCAAAUUUAGAUAAUAUUUAUAAUGUUAUUGAAAUAUCACCAUCAACGUCAUUAGGACAUGUUUUGCAACAUAUAAAUCCAGAACUAUUAAAAUAUAUACGUUUAUUUAUUAUGGCUGGAUCAGUUUAUUAUGGAUAUGAUAAUUCUAGUCAACCAUCAAAAGAAUAUAAUAUUUAUACUGAUAUUCCAUCAGCUCAAAGAGUAUUUAAUUCUUCAUGGGCUUAUUUUGGUUUAGCUCCACUUGAUACAACUAUUUUUAUGCAAUUUUAUGGUUCUUUAUGGGAAAAUUUUUAUUCAUAUCGUAAUCAAAAUAAAUAUGUUCAAUUAAUUAUUGAUUCUUAUACAAUUUGGUAUAAUAAUGGAGGAAAACAUUAUGGUGCUUUGAAACCAUUUAGUCCACAAAAUGGUACAAGUAUUAUGUAUGAUGUUUUAGCUGUAUUUUUAGCUGCAUCUUACCCAAGUGUUUCCACAAUGAUUAAUCAACAACUUCCAUUAAUUGUUACUUCAGAUGGUUUUACAAAAAUAAAUUCAACUUUUGGAAAACCUGUUAAUGUAUCUGCAGCAUUUCAAACAAAAGAUCCAUAUAUAUCAACACAAUUCAUUGGUGUUACAGUAUUAGAGUCAAUUAUUAUGAGCCCAUAA